AUGGCAGAGGAAUCCUUGAAAUCCACAAAAUAUCUCAAGCACGAGGAGAGGCGUUCGCAGUUGCCAGACGACCUGCAACGCCUCGUUGACGAGGAAGAAAGCUACCGUUUUGGGUCUGGAGACUUUGAGAAUUCGUGGACAUCCACCAGGAUCAAAGACGACGAAGAAAAGGCUCGUACGAAUCGAAUGGGUACAGACGAUACAGAAGGACAGGAAAGGGCAGGCAAAACUGAGUACAAAACGGUGUAG